AAUCCAUUGGCCCAUACCCCCGAUUGACGGUUGCUACCUCACAUCAAGCUCCUCGUUUCAAACAUGGCGAACCGCCAUAUCACAAGGCGAAUACUACUUGGCACUACGGUCUCAAUCUUCCUUCUCUUUGUCUUCUUCGUCCGGCCUCAAGGCCCACCGAGCCCCGCGAUCCGAGCCCCUGGUCACCUGGAGAAACCGUCUCAUUCAACAUUGACAAAGGAUGAUAUGGUAAAAGGCGAGGUGGUGAUGCCGAAGCUGGGCAAUGAGACGGCUAAGGCGGAAUUAGGGCGCGCUACGUGGAAGUAUUUCCAUACUAUGCUGGCACGAUAUCCAGAAGAUCCGACGGAGGAGCAACAAGAAACUUUGCGCUCAUUCAUUUAUUUAUUUGCGCGAUUAUAUCCAUGUGGCGAAUGCGCCUCUCAUUUCCAAGGUCACUUGAAGAAGUAUCCUCCGCAAGUGUCGUCACGCAACGCUGCAUCGGGAUGGGGUUGCUUUAUCCACAACGAGGUCAAUACCAUGCUCAAAAAACCUAUUUUUGACUGCAAUAAGAUCGGCGACUUCUACGACUGCGGCUGCGCCAAGGACGAAGAAACCGAAGACGAGAACGAGGAGCUUAAGAGUAGAAGCCAUACUGACUCCAAAGAAAGUGACGAUAUUGCGAAUAGUCAGCGCUUUGAGAUCUCCAAGGAACCAACUACACAGGGCUGA